AUGUCGAGACGUAACAAUCCAUUCGCUCGGGCCUCGCCCUCAUCGCCUACCGCAGGGCCGCCUGGGAGGCCCAAAUCAAGCCUCUUCUCAUCGAACGCGCCGCCUGCAUCUCCAUCACACGCACGAAGUCAAUCGAGUACCUCACCGCCAACCCAGUCAAUAGCACCUCCGGCAAAGACGGCAGCUGGGAGCUCGAUUGGACAUGUGCGGCACGCGUCCAAGAAUGGGUCUCUCUCCUCUGGGACAUUCGCUCCGUCCUUCAUCAAGGCGGAGGAAGUGAAACGCGGACAUGAUGCGGUCGAAAGCAUCGAGGGCGAGAACGACUUUUCGGGCAAACGUUAUGUCUGGCUUAAAGAUCCAGAAAAGGCUUUCGUCAAAGGUUGGGUAGUGGAAGAUUUGAGCGUUGGCCACAUUCGUGUGCAAUGUGACAACGGAACUCAACGCGACGUCGAGGCCGAGGCCGUGGACAAGGUCAAUCCCGCCAAGUUCGACAAGGCCAACGAUAUGGCCGAAUUGACCCAUCUGAACGAGGCGUCGGUAGUGCACAACCUGUACUCGAGGUAUCAGGCCGACCUGAUAUACACAUAUUCUGGGCUUUUCUUGGUGACCGUUAACCCUUACUGCCCGCUUCCGAUAUAUACAAACGAUUAUAUCAAUAUGUACAAGGGGCGAAGCAGGGAAGACACGAAGCCUCACAUUUACGCCAUGGCCGACGAAGCAUUUCGCAACCUAGUGGAAGAAGGGCGCAACCAGAGCAUCCUUGUCACCGGAGAAUCUGGUGCAGGCAAGACGGAAAACACGAAAAAGGUCAUCCAGUACCUCGCAGCCGUCGCGCACCCUGAAUCGCUAUCCCGCAGCCGAUCGCAACAGUCCAACCUCUCCCAGCAAAUCCUACGGGCGAAUCCCAUUCUUGAGGCAUUCGGCAACGCACAGACCGUGAGGAACAACAACUCAUCACGUUUUGGAAAGUUCAUUCGUAUCGAGUUCAACCGCAACGGUGCCAUCACGGGCGCCUUUAUCGAUUGGUAUCUACUAGAAAAGUCGAGGGUUGUGCGCAUCAAUGCCCAAGAGCGCAACUACCACAUCUUCUACCAGCUUCUGAAGGGCGCCAGCCCACAGAUGAAGAAAGAAUUCUUGCUAGAUGGUCUGACCGUCGAGGACUUUUCCUACACAAGAGGCGGCCAUGAUUCUAUCGUGGGGGUCUCAGAUGGCGAUGAAUGGGUCUCACUGAUGGAAGCCUUCGGUAUCAUGGGAUUUUCCGACCACGACCAAAACUCGAUUCUGCGCGCUAUUGCGGCUGUCCUGCACCUUGGCAACAUCGGCGUAGUCAAGGAAAGUCGAGCAGCUGACCAAGCGCGCUUGGAAUCCGGCGCACGAGAUCAAGCUGCCAAGGUGUGUAAACUCUUGGGGUUGCCUCUUGAACCCUUUUUGAGUGGCCUUCUGCAUCCUCGGGUCAAAGCCGGGCGGGAAUGGGUCGAAAAGGUCCAGACACCAGAGCAGGUCCGACUGGGUCUCGAUGCCUUGUCAAAGGGUAUAUACGAGCGCAGCUUUGGUGAUCUUGUUGGUCGCAUUAACAAGCAGUUCGAUCAGAGCGGCAUGGGAAUGGAAGAUUCCCACUUCAUUGGUGUACUCGAUAUCGCUGGCUUUGAGAUCUUCGAGCAAAAUAGCUUUGAGCAACUCUGCAUCAACUACACCAACGAGAAGCUCCAGCAAUUCUUCAAUCACCAUAUGUUUGUGCUUGAACAAGAGGAGUACGCUAGAGAGCAGAUUGAGUGGCAGUUCAUCGACUUCGGCCGUGAUCUACAGCCCACCAUCGAUCUCAUCGAGCUACCAAAUCCCAUUGGCAUCUUCUCCUGUCUUGACGAAGACUCUGUUAUGCCCAAGGCAACAGACAAGACAUUUACCGAAAAGUUGAACUCUUUGUGGGAGAAGAAGUCAAGUAAAUACCGCCCUUCAAGACUAGGCCAGGGUUUCAUCUUGACCCAUUAUGCUGCUGAUGUCGAGUACUCCACCGACAGCUGGCUGGAGAAGAACAAGGAUCCGCUCAACGACAACAUUACGCGCCUGUUGGCCGCGUCUUCUGACAAGCACGUUGCUGCACUUUUCGCAGAUUGUGCCGAGGCAGAUGAUGACACGAGCGGCACGCGAAGUCGUGUCAAGAAGGGCCUGUUCCGAACAGUGGCACAACGUCACAAGGAGCAGCUGCAUAGCUUGAUGACACAGCUGCACUCAACUCAUCCACACUUUGUGCGUUGUAUCUUGCCGAAUCACAAAAAGCGACCGAAGCAGUUUAACAAUGUCCUGGUACUCGACCAAUUACGAUGCAACGGUGUUCUGGAAGGCAUCCGAAUCGCUCGAACCGGCUUUCCCAACCGCCUGCCAUUUGCAGAGUUUCGCUCGCGAUACGAGGUUCUUUGCUCGAACAUGCCAAGAGGUUAUCUGGAAGGACAACAAGCCGCGUCCAUCAUCCUGGAGAAGCUCGGACUGGACAAGGCCAUGUUCCGUGUGGGCUUGAGCAAGGUCUUUUUCCGUGCUGGGGUGUUGGCUGAGCUUGAGGAGAAGAGAGAUGCUUUGAUCACGGAAAUAAUGUCGCGCUUCCAGUCGGUCGCUCGCGGAUUCAAUGCUCGCCGAGCGGCUUCGAAACGCCUUUUCCGCACUGAAGCUACGAGAAUCAUCCAGCGGAACUUUCACGUUUACCUCAAUCUGGUGGAGAACCCAUGGUGGCAGCUCAUCCAGAACAUGAAACCGCUACUGGGUGCUACACGUAGCGCGAGCGAAGUCAAGAGGCGCGAUGCCAUGAUCAAGGAACUGAACGAUAAGAUGCGACUUGAGACAGAAAACCGGCAGAAACUAGAGGAAGAGAGGCGCAAUUGCCAUGCUGAAAUGAUGCGUGUGCAGCAGACCUUGGAGAGCGAGCGUGCCUUGGCCUUGGACAAGGAGGAAAUCUUCCGCCGACUGCAAGAGCGCGAGGUCGAGCUCGAGGAGAAACUAGCCGGAGCCAUUGACGAUCAGGAACGCCUCGAAGAUCAAAUGGAUGGCUUGAUGGAAGCCAAGAACCGUGCGGAAAGGGAUGUUGAGCAAUACCGAGGCCAACUUGACCAAGCUGCUGCCUUGAUUGCCAAGCUCGAAGAAGAGAAAGGCGAGCUCCUCAAGAAAGUCUCAGAAUUGGAUGCAUCCAUUGCUGAGAUCUCCCAGAAGCAAUCUGAGCGCAGUGCGCAAGAAGAGAAGCUGGAGGGAGAAAUCAAGAUGCUAGAGAGUCAGCUAAACUUGAAGGAUCGCAAAGCUCGUGACCUUGAGAGUAAGCUCUUGAAGAUCGACCAGGAUGCUGAGGUGAAACUCCACACCACACAAAAGGAACUGGAGUCGAUAAAAAGCCGUGAAUCGCGUCUGCGGCUCGAGAACAAGGAAGUUCACGACCAACUUGCGCAACUUUCUAAAACCUCGACCGACUACGAGGACCUUGUACGGCAGAAGGAAAGUGAGCUCUCCGUGCUUCGCGACGAAAAUAAGCGCUACCUCUCAGAGCGUCAAAGCCUGGAAAAUCAGAAAAAGGCAUUGAGUGCUGAGCGGGAGAAAGCUUUUGACAAGCUGCACCAGUCCCAGGCCGACCUAGAGGUCAUGAAGUCUAAGCAAGCUCAGCUGCAACGAGAAGCUGAAGAUGCCAACAACCUUCUCCAGGCACGGUUGUCUGAAGACGCCCAAGCUGACCAGAAUCGCCAAGUGCUGGAGGCCCAGAUCAAAGAUCUCAAAGAAGACCUGUACACGGCUCAAACGGAGCUGAGUAGGGAGCGGCAGUCCCGCGACGAUGUCCAGCUUUUGGGCGAGCACAAAUACCAGAGCCUGCAGGAAGAGUAUGAACACCUGAACCAAUCGAAGAUCACAAUAGAGAAAGAGCUCUACGCCCAGCAAGAUACUCUUCGGCGAACAAUGGAAGCCCGCACUACAGCCGAGAAGGAACGCGACGAGGCACGUCAGGAGAUCCGCAAUUUGCGAGCAGCGAAGACAGAGGCAGAGGAAGCGCGGCUCAGAGCCGAAGAGGCUGGUGAAAGGCAGGCCAGCCGAGCCGCUCGCGAACGUGAGGACAGCCUUCGCCGAGACCUUGAUGCUGCCAAUCAACGUCUGCAGUGGUUUGAGGAGGAGUGCGCGAAGCUCAACCACCAAGUGGAGGACCUCAACAAGCUCAUAUUGUCAUCUGGCGAAUUCGGGCUCAAGAAUGAUCAGGCCAAGGAAAGAAUGGAGCGAGAGCUCAACACUGUCAAGAGCCGAUUGGCUGCGUCAGAAAAUGACAAUCGCGCUCUGCUGAACAAAUUGCAGCAAAAGGGACUAGAAAUUGCGCGGUCGAGUUCCCGCGCGAGCGAAGCCUCCCGUGGCCAGGUCAUCUCGCUGCAACGCGAGAAGGCAAGGCUUGAAGAACAAAACGCCAAACUGAAUAAGCAGCUUGGCGAUUCGCAGGUUAACGUCGCCUCUCUUGAGAAGAAGGCGGAGAAACUUCAGCUCAGUGUUGAAGACCUGAACCACGAACUGGCCCGCGAAGCCCAGUCGAGUAGGAACGCGGAAAAGGCAUCUUCCAGUUCCAAUGCGCAGUUGACCGAGGCGAACAGGACCAUUGAAUCAGAGCGACAACUGAGGACACAGGCGCAGUCUACUGCACGCACCCUACAAUCCUCUCUCGAAGCUCGGGAUCGGGAGCUGGAGGAACUACGCGCCCAGAUGCUCAACGUCUUGAAGACCGUUGAUCCCGAGGUGCACAUUCCUCCCCAGCAGGACAACGACAAGGGUUUGGUUAAGAAUUUCGGUCUCGUUCGCAAAGUGGAGGAAUUGCACCAGACCUUGAGGGUGCAGACAGCUGCACGCACACAUGCCGAGCAACAGCUGGCCGAAUUGCGGGCAAACCGAAAAGAGUCACCGAGCCGACCCAAGUUGGAGGAGAUACACUACAAUGAGGCCCCCUUUAGCAACGGCUCGCCGACCCAGAGGCGGUCCAAGCUGGCUCACGAGCGCAAGUACUCGAACGCAUCCACGCCUGCGCGUAAACUCCCUGAAUACCCAGAGGGCUCUGCUAGGUCUGAUCGAACAGCGGACGUUCUGAGCUUCAACAACAAACAGGAUCUCAAAGCAGAGGUUGAGGAGCUACAGAAUCAGCUGCAACUAGCAAACAUGCAGAACCGUCACUUGCAGAGUCAGCUCGAGCGCGGCACUCCACUGCCUGACAACGACCAGAGCCCUUCGCUACGUCGCAUGCAGAAGCUUGAGAAAGUCAACAGCCAUUUGCAUGAUAUGCUAGACGACUCGGCUAAGAAGGUGUCAGCUCUCGAAAAGAGCAUUCGCAGUGGCGAAAUCUCUGUGCGCGACUUGCAGACCCGCUCUCACGAAGAGCUCCUUGAUGUCUUCAACAGCCAGGAAGAAUCCCGUCGUGCGCUCAUGCACAGCCAUAAGGAUGUUGUCGCCGAGUUGACGGACAUCAAGACUGGCUUUGAGAGGCUACGCCAUGACAAGGCUAAAGCCCAGGUUGAGCUUCGGGAUGUGACUGCCGAUCUGCAAGAGAUGACCACGGCAAGGGAACAAGAAGCACAAAGCAGAAACCAGCUCCUCAGCGAGUACUCGGAUCUGCAGAUCCGCCUGGACGCCGAGUCCUCCAAGCUGGCCGACGUUACAGCGAAUCUCGACUUGUACAAGCGACGAGCUGAUGAGUACUUUGGUAAACUAGAGCAGGCCGAAAUAGCCGUCCUCAAAGCUAGUCGCGCCGAGCAGUUUGCCAAGUCACAAGCGCGCGAAGCCGAAGACACGUAUGCCGAAGUCAUGGCUGAGCGACAGAAGAUGGACAAUAUGAUGGAGGACUUGCAGCGCCACAACCAACGCCUCGAGGAGCGCCUCGAAGACAUGUCGACCGAUCUGGAAGGCGUCACACAGGCCAAGAAGAGGCUGCAACACGAGCUGGAGGAUUACCGCAACCAGCGUGCCAUGGAUAUCGAGGACAAGGAGUCUAGCAUGGAGCAAACCCGUAGGAAGUACCAAGCGGAGUUUGCCACUCUCACCAAAGAGUUGGACUUGGCGCGCGAAGAGAAGCUGUACAAGCAGUCUGAAAUCGCUCGCCUGCGUGAGGAGCUCGAUGAGCUACGGUCCAAGUGGGACGACGAGGUGCUCAACAGUUCGACCUGGUCCAAGGAAAAGUCACGCCUCGAAUCCACCCUUGCCGAUGUCGUCUCGUCGCGUGAGGAGGCGGUGAACGCACACAACGAAGCCCAAGGCAAAGUUGUCUCACUUCUGUCCCAGGUCCGGACUCUCCGGUCGUCCGUCGACGAGGUCAGCGCUGAGCGUGAUUCUCUGGCUCGUGAGAAGCGCAGCGUGGAGGCUCGCCUUGCCGAGGCGAAGGCUGGGCUAGACGAGCUGACCAAGGGGGAGAGCCCCUCACUGCGAGACGCUGCUUCUACCGACAAGGAGAUCCUCGAUCUCAAGUCGAGUCUCGCGCAGCAGGAGGACAUUGCGACCGCUGCUGUGGAGAAGAUGCGCCGGGCGGAGUCUCUGGCUGCUGAGAUGCAGAAGGACAUUACAGCUGAACGUGAGGGUACGGCUGCCCUGGCCAAGCAGAAGGCCAUGCUAGAGAAGAACCUCAACGAGGCACAGCUGAAACUGGUCGACUUGGAGACCAAGGGCUAUUCCAGCGCCAGCCAGGACAUCAAGUUCCUGUACAAGCGAAUCCAGGAGCUUGAGACACAGCUGGAAUCCCAGGAGCACGAGCGCACAAAAUCGCAGCGCUCGACUCGCAAUGUAGAUCGCAUUGUCAAGGACCUCCAAGGGCAGAUUGACCGCAAGGACAAGCAAAACACGCAGCUAUUGGAAGACGUAGCACGGAUGCGCGACAAGGCAGACAAACUGCUCCAGACGAUCGACGACCUCCAAUCGUCAGAGUCGUCCAACCAGCUGACCGCACGCCGAGCAGAGCGCGAGCUGCGGGAGGAGAGGGAGAAGUCACUGCGUCUCGAGCGUGAACUCGAGGGAUGGAAGGGUCUGAGAGUCGACAAGAGCGCCAGCGGCGUAACGGGCAGCAUGCGCAAUCGGCUGGGACCCUUGCGGACGAGCUUAGGAGGUGACCCCAUGGAUGUUCCAGCGCGGAAGAGUAGCAUUAGUAGGGCGCCAAGCAUGACGAAGGGGUUCUUGUAG